AUGGCGCAAUCGAGUCAAGGCAUUCAGGAUGACCAAGUCGUCUGUAGCUUGACAGACCAAGAACUAAUUACCAUGUCGGUACGCGAUUUGAACAAGUACUUGGCAAGAUUUUCCAAAGAAGAGAUAACAAACAUCAAGCAACGCAGAAGAACGCUCAAAAAUAGAGGAUAUGCGCAAAGUUGCCGAACUAAACGGUCGUCAAUGAAAGACAAUCUUCAAUCCAGAAAGAAAAUUUUAAUGUCUCAAGUGCAAGAAUUGAGAGCCAAAGCUGAUAAAAUAGCAAAAGAUAGAGAUAUGUACAAAAGUAAAUGCGAAGUCUUCAGAGAAUUAGAAAAAAAAUUACAAAAUCAUUGA